GUACGACCCGAACAUAACCGUGCCAGCGGGCUUACGAAACACACUAGAGCUCGUGGUAGCGCGCUGUUUCGGAGGCUGUUGGGCGCGCUGUGUGUUCAUUCGGGUUGGCAGUCGUUUUUGGCGCUUUUGUUUUCGCACCACCGUACCCCUGUCCUGUCCGCACCUGUCCUUGCAAAGUGCCGUUUUGCUAUUUUGCUUCUCAGCAAAAUGUCACCCCAGGCGGGACGAUUUCUACUGCUGCUAGUGUGCGUCUUCUGCGGUGUGAUUGGUUUAUCUGACGCGUUGAACCUACAGGAUGCGUGCGAAACACCGGACGGUAAGGUGGGCACCUGCGUGUACCUUCGAUCGUGCCUCUCGAUCCGCAACGUGCUGCUGAAGAAGGAGAACAUGACCCCGGAAGAUCGCAGCUUGGUGAUGAAAUCAAAAUGUGGUCAGGAGGGCCGCUCGGUGCUGGUGUGCUGUCCGCUCGUUCGCAAGCUGACUGGCCGGUUCGAUGCACCGGUUGAGCUGCCGCCACCGGGUGAGUGUGGCAAAAUGCAAAUGGAUCGUAUCGUCGGUGGGGAAGUCGCUCCGAUAGAUGGCUAUCCUUGGCUAACUAGAAUUCAGUACUACAAAGGCAGCAACCGGUAUGGAUUCCACUGUGGAGGAGUACUGAUCCACAACCAGUACGUCCUCACGGCGGCCCACUGUAUCGAGGGCGUUCCAUCAUCCUGGAUCGUGUAUCAGGUGCGGCUCGGUGAGUUCGACACCACGACCACCAUCGACUGCGUGGAAGACGAUUGUGCCGAUCCGGUGCGCGAUGUGCCGAUCAAUGCGUACGUAGUGCAUCCGGACUACUACAAACAGAACGGAGCCGAUUACAACGACAUCGCGCUGCUGCAGCUGUCGGAAACGGUCGAGUUUACCGACUUUAUACGGCCGAUCUGUUUGCCGACCAGCGAGGAAAGCAGGACGGUGAACCUGACCGGCAAGUACGCAACCGUGGCCGGCUGGGGCCAGACGGAAAACAGUACCUCGAGCACGAAGAAGCUCCAUCUGCGCGUGCCGGUGGUGGACAAUGAGGUAUGUGCCGAUGCGUUCAGCUCGAUACGGUUGGAAAUCAUUCCCACCCAGCUGUGUGCCGGCGGCGAGAAGGGUAAGGACUCGUGCCGCGGCGACUCCGGUGGACCGCUGAUGCGGUACGGCGAUGGUCGCUCGUCCACCAAGUCCUGGUACCUGAUCGGGUUGGUCAGCUUCGGGCUGGAGCAGUGCGGUACCGACGGUGUGCCCGGGGUGUACACGCGCAUGAGCGAAUACAUGGACUGGGUGCUGGAUACGAUGGAAAGCGUAAGUGGUGGACGAUCCGCCGACCUGUCGAACCGGCCCUCGGCUCGUGACGAGAUGACAGCAGUACGUCGUCACCGCGGUGGUGGUGGUAGUGGUGGUACAUUCGGACGGGGGGUAGCAGUGGUGCCGAUAAUUACCGUCAUCAUGUGCGUGCUACAUUCCAGCGCCGCGCAGUUUCCGAACCCGUGCCGGACGCCCGAUUUGAAGAACGGACUCUGCGUUACGGUUACCCAAUGUCCGCUGAUACAGCGACUGCUCAACCAGCCGCUGCUGACGUCGAACGUGGUCCGUUUCCUCGAGGCUAGCCGGUGUGGGGCGCAGGACCGGAAGGUGCUGGUGUGUUGUGCCGAGCCCGAGAAUGUCCAGCCGGCUACCACGGCUGCUCCGCUGCCCGUACAGACGCGUCCGCCCGCCAGUACACCGUUAGGCAAUAGGUUAUCGUACGAGACACAGCUGCGGCUGCUGCCCGACGAAUGUGGCGUGCAGUACACGGACCGUAUCAUCGGAGGCGAACGAGCCCAGCUCGAUGAGUAUCCGUGGACCGCUCUGAUCCAGCAUCGGCGGAAAAAUGGUGAGCUAAAGUUCCACUGUGGCGGCGCACUCAUCAGCGACCGGUACGUACUGACGGCGGCCCACUGCAUCGAGAACAUACAACGAUCCUGGACGCUAACGGCCGUACGGCUAGGUGAAUGGGACAUCGAUUCCGACCAGGACUGUGCCAACUCGUACGGGGAGCGCGUGUGUGCCGACCCGGUGCAGGACAUUGCGAUCGAGAAGUAUAUCGUGCAUCCCGGCUACGCCGUGCAGAAGCAAUCGGUAAAGAACGACAUCGCCCAGGUACGGCUCGCACGGCCGGCUGUGUUUAACGAUUACGUGCAGCCGAUCUGUCUACCGCUGGAGCCGGCGCAGCGGACCAUCUCCUACGAUGGCCAACGGUUCGUCGUGGCUGGCUGGGGUCAAACGGAGGACGCACCGAGAAGCCGCUACAAGCUGUACGUUGGUGUGUCGGGCGUGCCGGAACAAACCUGCCAGCAGCAGUACCCACAGGCCGGCAUCGAUCUGACGCAGGUUUGCGCCGGUGGUACGGCGAAACAAGACUCCUGCCGGGGCGAUUCUGGCGGACCGCUGAUGUACGUGGGCCAGCGCAACUCGGAAGGCGUCAUGUAUCUCGGCGGGCUGGUCAGUUACGGCCGCCAGUGUGGGCUCGAGGGAGUGCCGGGCGUGUACACCCGAGUCAAUCAGUUCGUCGAUUGGAUCGUUAGUAAUCUAGAACCGUAA